GAAUGAAUCCUGUUCCACCAUCUCAUCCCCAACUGAAAUGAUGGUUGAUGUGCCCACCAACAUUUCGGUACCAGAAGGCGACUUGCAACAUAGAAUCGCGAUACUGGUCUCAAAAGUCUUCGAUCAGGCUGGACCGCAAUUUGAAGACCUUGGGGGCUCGCACAACAAAGUUCUAGCUUUCACAGUGCCGAGAUAUCGAGCCCGAGAUUCGGGUGUGUGGCUGGUUAACGGUCCCCAAACGGCUUAUAGUAACGGGCCAACACCGCCGAUUAUAGGUUCGGAUGCGUACGUUGUGCGAACCCCUGUUCCUCACAACUCGCAGAAGGUUGAUGUGAAGCGCAGCAUCGCCAAUCUAUAUGCUAUCGAGCCACACCUUGCACUUCCGAUACCCAGGGUACUCAAAUUUGAUUUGACCACAAACAAUCCCCUCGGACAGCCCUAUGUCAUUCAGCAUCGAUUGCGUGGAUAUUCGCUCGAAAAGCUGUGGGAAUAUCUGAAUCCGAAGCAAAUGGUAUCUGCCGUGAGGGAAAUCACGAAACUCGUUGAGAUGACGGCGGCUGUUGUUGCACCCGGCGCCGGACUGGUUCAAAGUGACAACUUUCCGACUACCAAAGCCUCUGUAUUUGAACUGGAAAAGUUUCCGAUCCCAUCUCUACGAGACGUCCAUCCAAUGGUUAACAAAACCAAUAAGGCUGCUACUGAACCAGCACUGCCACAGAUACCAAUAGAAUUUCUCAUAGAACAGUGUGACCGGUGGCGCGAAAUCGAACCAGACGCUUGUACUGGCAGCGAAGAAAAGACUUGGCGCAAGUUUAUCGCAAUCGCUCGGUCGCUCAACAUUGAUGGGUGGCUGGAUCUUACCUUCCACUUGGUUCACGGCGAAUUGGUCCCGAAAAACAUACUUGCGGUUGUCAAAGACUCAUCAUCUAUUGAAAUCACUGGUAUCGUAGGCUGGAGCUCGACAUACUUCGCGCCAAAGUUCGAGGUGUAUCGUGCUCCUUUCUGGGCAUGGGACGGCCAGGACGGUGAGACCAUCGACACCGACCCUCCAAACGCUGUUGAUGUCCCUUUGAAAAAAGCUUUUUGCAAGACGGCGUCGGAGGAAUACAUACGUUUCGCGUUCUCGCCUGAGGCUGCUAUUGCCAGACGAGUAUUCCGCGUUCUGAGAAAUGGUAUGCAAGGCAAGGAGCAACAGAGUUACGCGUAUGACGUGGUUGCGAAGUGGGAGACUUUGCACCCCGGGGAUAAUUUGGCCAAGUUUCGGUGAAAGUUUUGGUACUUUGAAGACACCAACAUUAGUUGUAUUUCGUUGACUGCGCGUAACAACUGAAGAUUCUUCCAGGGGCAUUAGAAUAUUAGGUAAAAGUAUAAGUAGUAAUCUCUGUCUUCAUUGUGUGUGUAUUUGACUGAGUCGAUAAUUUGAGUGGUAAGCAAGCUA